CACCAACGUUAACCUUCAAACCUCUUCUCCUUCCCUAACCCCCAAAUCGGAGGGAAAUCUCAAUUUUGAAAAUCACACACAAAAAUCCAAAAAACUCAAAAAUCUUUUAAAGACAAAACUCUCUCUCUGUAACUUCGAUUACUCCUCCUCCGAUCCAAUGGAUGAAACCGGUUCGGAUCCCGGAUCCUACCCAAUUCCGCCCGCUUCAGUCCACCUCUCACCUUUCUCCUCUCUCUCUCCGCCUCGUCUCCUCCUCUCAUCCCACUUCACUCCUCGUCCCCAGCCACUGCGAUCGUCUCGUUACAUCUCUCUCAGUGGUUUGCUCGAUGAGUCCAGCUCGAUCGGCGGAUUGAGCCGAGAUGAAACCCUAGCGUGGCAGCUCUUUACCCCUUACCAAAGGUUUCUGCUUGUGGCGGUUAUCGCCGCCGCCGCCGCUGAGUCGAAGAAGAACGGUGUGAUUCGGCAGCUUCAGGAAUCUGUUGAUCUUAGGGACCAGGUUCUUACAGGCAUGCAACAGAAGCUUGACGAUCUGUGUCAGCAGGUAAGUCUUGUCAAGGAUGAUGAUAAUGAAGCAAAGUUUAGGGAAAAGUUUGGAUCUGAGAAUGUUAGAUUUGUAGAUUGUGGUUGUUGGCUAUGUGAUCAGCAUCAUCACUCCUCAUCUGCUAUACAGGAUAAAGCUUCCACAAAGCUGGUGGUUGACACCACAGAGCAAGAAGAAAGGCGUUUGUCUUACUUGUCAGAUUGGUGUUCUAGUGUCACUUCUGCUGCAGAAAUCCAUUUUGAUAAUCUUUCACUAGACCAAGACAUGCUUUCUCUCAGAAAGGAGUGUCAAGAGAAAGAUGCAACCAUAAAGGACUUAACUUCAUUUCUUCAGUUAACCAACAAAGCUUGUUCCAAACGAGAAACAGAGCUUGAAGAGAUGGUUCGAAGGAAGAAAACAAUUAUCAAGAAGCUAAAGAGGGACGUACUGGUUUUAGAAGAAAAGGUCACACAGCUCACUAGGCUCCAGAGCUCCUCUUAUUCAGCUGCAAUCCCAAGCACCCGUGAAUUCACAAUGAGAGUGGACAAUCUUCUUUAUGAUAUGGACGUUUCUUCAGCUUCUUCAUCUUCUGAUUCAGAAACUCCUGCUAACACACCUCGACGAACUUUGUUGGAGGAUACUUCAGUUGAUUCCAUCAAGGAGGAACGAGUACAAACCACAUAUAAAUCAGCGCCAGCUAAAUCCAUGUCCUCACUUGUGAAAUCUGUGAAGCUGCCUUCAGUAGUUAGUCCAUUGACUACUACUCGGAAGCCUGUUUCAGCUUCUUCUUCUUCUUCAAGGAUCCGAGGGGCUUCUUCUGCUGGUGAUUCAAAGAAACCGAGAAGGCCAAUUCAAGUUGUUGCCCCAAGAGCUUCCUCUGGUUCACAUAAGAGAUGGGUUUAG